GGACGGGCCGGGGAGCGGAGGGUCGGCGGCGGUGCGGGGAGCCCCCGCUGUGGCCCCGAGCGGCGGCCGCGCCCCCCCCGUCAGGUCUCUGGAUGGCAGACUCUGAAAAGAAAUGCUGUUUUAAGAGAAGCUGUCAGUAGCCUAAGCAGAAGGAUGUCCCUUCAUUCAGAAUUCUUCAGAGGAAUCCAGCACCUGGAAGCAAUUCAAGUUUUCUGCAAAGUCUGAGUAUUUAUGUUAUCUGACUGAACUGACAUCUUGACUAGAGGACAUGGGUCACAAUUGCACAAAAUGCAGGCUUAAAUGAAGUCUGACACUGACAGCUUGCUUACAGACCUUAGACAUUGCAUUGUUUAUUGGAGAUGCAAGGUGUGCUGAAGCAACCAUGCCUGGAUCUCUGUGUGAGCAGAGAAGAGAUCCUUUUCCUGUUUUAGUAGCUGCAAGAAAACAGCGUGGGACAGGCCUUCUGGAGAAAUGUCCUGCUACACCAAAGAUGCUAACGAGAAAGAUUAAGCUUUGGGACAUUAAUGCCCAUAUAACCUGUCGUCUGUGCAAUGGAUACCUGAUUGAUGCUACUACUGUAACAGAAUGCUUGCAUACUUUCUGUAGAAGCUGCCUAGUGAAAUAUUUGGAGGAGAACAACACCUGUCCAACCUGCAGGAUUGUUAUACAUCAGAGCCACCCAUUACAGUAUAUUGGUCAUGACAGAACAAUGCAAGAUAUUGUUUACAAACUUGUGCCAGGGCUCCAAGAAGCGGAAAUGAAAAAGCAAAGGGAGUUUUAUCACAAACUGGGCAUGGAAGUUCCAGGGGACAUCAAAGGGGAGACAUGUUCUGCAAAACAGCACCUAGAUUCUCAUCGAAAUGGUGAAACUAAAGCAGAUGAAAAUAUAAAUAAAGAAACUUCGGAGGAAAAACAGGAAGAAGAUAAUGACUACCACCGAAGUGAUGAACAGGUAAGCAUCUGCUUGGAGUGCAAUAGCAGCAAAUUGCGUGGAUUGAAACGGAAAUGGAUUCGUUGCUCAGCACAAGCAACAGUCUUGCAUCUAAAGAAGUUCAUUGCCAAAAAACUCAACCUUUCUUCUUUUAAUGAGCUGGACAUAUUAUGCAAUGAAGAGAUUCUUGGCAAGGACCACACGCUCAAGUUUGUAGUUGUUACUAGAUGGAGAUUUAAGAAAGCACCUCUACUGUUACAUUAUAGACCCAAAAUGGACUUGCUGUAAGGGAACUUUAUUGUCCUUCUGGACAGAGCUUUUUGCAGAGACUAUCAUCUGGCACCUUCUUAGUGCAUCACUAAUCACAUGACACAAACCAGCUGAAUAAUUUUGGAAGACUGGAGGGCUUUCAUAGUGGACUGUCCUGAAUAUUUCUUCUAGGGAUGCAUUUCCUAGACUUCUGGGCAGAAAAUAUUUAUACUUUUUUUGUACGGAAGAAAGAAGUUUCAACUCAGCAAGACACUACCAGCAUUAAGUUUACAGAUACUGAAAACACUUCACAGUUCCAUGUAGCUCAGCUUGAUUUGUCUCUUACAGUUACACAGAAAAAAAUUAGAGUGUUGUGGGGUGAUAUAAAUAUGUUGCUUUUGACACCAAGUUGCAUUUAGUUACUUUUCGCAUUCUAAAUCUUUAAAAACUAUAUUUUUGCAAAGUGUUAUUGUCUUAUAUAGUAUGCCUGAUUGCAUUGGCUUUAUUCAAGUUAUUCUGUAGAGCAUUGAACAUACCUAAUAAUACAGUGACUGGUGAUAAUUUAUUAUGCUGCAUUGAAAACUUAAAAAAAUAUGGGAAACCAAUAAAUUCAUUUUUGCCCAGUUAUUGCUCUCCCUCACCUUGUGUUUUAAUAAAGUUUUGAUAUUUCUGUAUACAUGUUAAUUUGGUAAGACUAAUAGAAAUAAUUUCAGUUGAUUUUAAUGUGCUGUGAUAUAUAUUUUGCUAUGGUAUAAAUUGCACCACGUAAUGACAAAUACUCACAAGUGCUAGAUUUGUGAAUUUCUUAAAAAAUAAACAUUUCUUAUGUAGUUGUGGCUUGCAGAAAUCAGUUUUUAAUUUAGAGAGAGUUUGCUAUCACUAGGUAUUGAAACAGUGGCUCUUGGACAACUUUGGGAGUAUUGAAGAUUUUUCAUUUCAUGGAUUAAAACUUCCUCAGAUAUUAUGGGCAGCUUUAUAUUUCUUUAGCUGUUUUCUUAUGAAACCAUAGCAUUUUCCUUACUGCAGGUCUUAGCUCACUUGGGGUAGGGAGGAAGGGGGAGUCAGACAAGAUUAUUUUAGCACCUUUUGGCCUUAACUAAUAAUUUUGCUUGCAUCAGCCCUAAUGGAUGCAAGGUAAUACACAUUCAUGUAUGUAUGGGUACAUACCUCUAUAUACACAUGUAACUAUGUAUGUUAUAGAAAGCACCCUCAAUGGCACUUAGCAGGGCUCACUGCACUUUUUGUAAGGCUUUUUGAAAUAACUCACUUUUUAAAAACAGUAGUUGAAAGUGAUUUCUGCAAGCUGUAAUCCACUAUGGUAUAUAUAGUAUGAUUGUGAGAACAUUUGUCUGGCACAGGUGUCAAGUCACUGAAAACAGUCUAUGCCCUAUUAUUGCCAGCUGGAAAUAGUUAACCUAAUAUUUGGAAGAGUUUUCCUGUCAGCUGAAAAAGCUAGUUGCUGUUCCUAUUAUUAAAUCCUGUUAUUUUUUGAUAAAUUGUCUUUGGAUAAGAAGCCCUGCUUCCUCUUGCUGUGCUCCUUUGCUUCUUCUGUCAGAAAGUGUUACUUGAUAACCAGAAGCUGACACUGCAAGAGAUUUAUCUAAGCAUUUUAAAUCAUCUUCUUUUUGAGUUUUCAAAGCGCUAAGUUCCUCAGCCACAUGUCCCUUAAUUUCCUUCUUUGGAGUCUUCAGUCCUCCUUUCCCAGCUCUGUUGCUGCUUGUGCUUACCUUUGGCAACAGGGCUUUUUAAAAAAUUUCUGAUUACAGUCACAGAUGUGAAUAGGAAGGAAAUAAAAAAAAGAAACGUAUGUGAGCAGAGAGUGAAAGGAAGCCUCCUGAACUGUGGAGAUGGAAAGGAGAGCCACGCAAAGGCCAGAACGUGGUGCUGUCCUUGCAGGUGAAAGUCUCAGAUAGCUGCAUUUGUAUGUUUAGGUUACACAGAACUCCAUGUCUGGUUCUUGUGUGCAUGUCUGUGAUUCAUGGAAUCAAAUGUGGCUCUGAUUUUGUCUUACUGUUGUGGACUCAGAUAUGUGUAUUUUUAGCUUUUUUUCUGUCUUUUGCAUUACUUGAUCUGGCAGAAAAGAACAAAUGAGAUCAUAUGUCUACCAUUUUUUAAACUUUACAAGAAAACAGUGAAUGCCAGUGGUGUGGAUGUGUACACAAGCUGACAUACUGGGCCUUUCUGGAGAUGUGCUUUACAUGGUUGUUGCUGUUCUAGUGUAAAUAAGAGGCUGGCUUUGCCAGUGAGGCACUGAGAAUAUGGACAGGACUGUAAGGCUCCCUGCUCUGUGCACCCAGAGUAUACACGCAGUGGCUGUACCUGAUGUAGACAUAAAACUAAAGCUGCCAGACAGCAUUCUGAUUAACCACCCUAAUCAGAAAACAUAUAUAUAUGUAUACACACACACACACAAAAACAAAUAUAUAUACAUAUACACGUAUAAAUGAGAUCUGUCUACCUCAAGUGUGUGUACUGCAGAAAACUUUUGUAUGAAUAGAUAUUGACGCAGUGCUGUUAAAGUACAUUGGGACUUCAUUACCUCCCUGUGUACUUGAGCAACUGAGAAAUUAAUUAUGAACACAUAAAUUCCGAAGCCUUUCAAAUCUAUUUCUUGCUGUAACAACUUACAAUACAAAACUUACAAGUUUAUAACCAUCUUUAGAAUCACUUGAAUUUGUUAUGGUGCUAUCAGUAUGUAGAAAACUCUGUUUAUAACUAUACGGAUACAUGAAUUCAAGCCAGUAUUAAUACCUAUAGCUGGGGUUUUUGCUUGUAUUUGUGUGUAACUGCUUUUGCAAUGUGUUUAAUCUGAUAAAACCGCACCAGUAAAAAAAAACCACAAUAACACCCAAACAAAAAAACCCCCAAACCAACAAAAAAUCCCAAAGUUACUCAGUUGUUUUUCUAAAUUACAUGUGAUAACAUCUUCACUACAAAAAUUUCCCUUGGGAAUGGUGUGACUGUGUCUGGACCAUAUGUUUGUCUCACCAAAAGGCUACAAUGCAGAAUGAGGUCUUCUUUGGGUCAGAGCCUUGUUUCAUUUCUGUGACACUUAAGAGACAAUUUAUAACAAGAUUGUAUUGGGUAAAGUAACCCUGAUACUGUUCAAAGUUGAACUAAAAUUUGAACUUGGCCCUAGAUACUUCUUAGUCCUGGUGAGAUCAUGGUAGUUUAUUUUGGCUUUUGUGAAGAUGCCAUUACUGUGAAGUAGUUUUUACAAUUUCUUACGCUGGUAAAUAGUUGGAGUAAGGAAGUAUCUUGUUGCAUUAUCCUCAGCAGCAGUGAGACUGAUGAAUCAUCCAGGCUCAGAGUCUCAUUAAGUACACUUUCAUUAAAAAUAAAGAAUUCAGAUAGAAUAUAUAAUAUUGAAUUUAAAUAAGAUUUGGGGGUUUAAAUUUUAUCUUUAUAAAAUUAUUUAUUCUAUUUUAAGCCUUCUGUCUUAUUUUACCAUCCCAAGUAUUUUUGGUUUCAGUGGUCCAGCUUUAUUUACGGGCAUAUAAAAUGAAAUUGUAAGAUGUUUUUACAAGCUUCUUCCUUUUACAUUGAGUUUGCGUAGCUUUCAUCUGUAUGUUUUUGUUUUGUAUGGAUAAAGAGCAUUACUUAUGCUUUUGUGCAAUAGGUUUGAAACAUGCAUUUAUUAGGCAUAUGUUUAAAUUGUAAAUGUAGCAUCUACUUACCAUUACAUUUAAAAGGAAUGUAGAUCGCUUUUCUCACUUGUUCAAAUGGAGUUUUGUUGGGGCUGUUGUUUGGGGGUGGGCAUGUGUGUUUUUUGCUUUGUUCCAUUUUUUAUUUUAAGAGUGAAAUGGGGGAUUUAAAAUUUGUGUAAGUACAAGAACUAUCUGUCAGCAAUAUUUUAAAAUAAAUGAUCUUACAAGAAACCUUAAUGUGAAUUGUGGAAGCAAUCGCCAAGACUUGCAGCCUAUCUGAAAAUGUUUUGUGCCAUUGUUAGGUCUGGUAUAUUUGUGUACCAUCAAACCUGGGAAUAUUUUUUUCUACUGGUUGUGCAAUAGUAUACACAACACUGUCACCUCAGGAGAUAUGGGACCGUAAAAAAUAUCAGACUACAACUGUGAUGGUGCUAUUUUUUCCAAUAGGCUAUGAGCCUUUGAAAGCUCAUCUGGCUCUUAUUGUCUUUGUAACAACACAGUCCUAGGGGAUUUACAGAUUUUUUUUUUUUCUACUAGAUGACAAAUAUAACUUGCUAUUUUACAGCAUUCCGCAUAUUACAUUAAGAUAAAUAUAAUAGGAAAAAGCCAACCAGUCUGUACAUCAGUGAGAUGAGUCUUAGGUACACGGUUUGUACAGAAGGCUUUACUGAACAGAAGAAUCAAGUUUCUGCUUUUCCUCAGGUAAUCACUUCAGUUUGGAUGUUUCUCUGAAAACGUUAAUGCAACUUCAGUUAGUCUGCCUAAAGUUGAUAACAGGGAAAGAAAUUGUUCCACACACGAGUCACCCUACAUAAGAUAUAAUUAAAUGUUACUUGGGUCUUGAGAUCUGUUUUUGAAGAAAAAGCUGCAGAGAGCAACAUUAAAGAACAUGGAACAAUGCUUCAAUCUCUGCUUUAAUCACAACUUGCAGUCAGGACAAAAAAUACCUAGGAACUUGGGUCUUGUGGCAAGUCAACGGAUUAUGUUUUACCUGCUUCUGCAAAUUAAAGGUGUGACUCCACUAUUUGCUCCAUAUUUUAUCCUACUUGGAGCUUUUUGGAAAUCUUUUGAAGCCACGAUGACCUAUCCAUGUCCUGGUGGUAGGGUAGGAACUAAAUGUCCAAAUCUAUGAACAUCUACAUUGGUAACUUUACUAAUAACAUGGAGGUUCCACGGAAACCAGUGGGAUCAUUCAUGCAAACAGAUAGGUAUGGCUGAAGGAAGAACUCCUGAGUUUUGAAUACUGAUGUUCCACUAUUUUUGUUAUUUCUGUUUGAAACUGAAAGUAUUGGUUUGAUGGAAUCUUUAAUUCAAGUGACUUAUCUGGACAAAAGGAAAGUUUGUUCUUUCCUUCUGCAACAGGAUUAUUUUGCAGUAAAGGGACAAUUAGCCAGUGCAACCACUAAGCCUUUUAUCCUCAUAUGUGGCAUAAUAAAGAUUCUGGAACUGUCAGAGUGUAAAACCAUAUUUUUGGCUUAGCUUCAUUUAAAAGUUUACAAUUUUUUAUGCUUUGUGUUGCUGUGUAAUUUCUGUACUACUGGUGGCUAGUUUUGUCUGAAUAAGCCUUUUGGGGAUUAAUGCUUAAUGUUUUGAUUUUAUGAUAGUGAAGCUUGUAUCUGGUGUUUUGCCAAUGAAUAUUAUAUGCUUGUUAAUAAAAGCAGAGAAACUAACUGAAA